AUGCCAGUGCCAUAUACGGAAACAAACCGACCGAGAAGACCCUUAAUUAACAGCUAGCUAGCUCUCUUGGUCGAAUAUGGUAACUGCUAAUGCUAUUGGCUCCGGCGACCUGAGCAUCCGUGUCCUGAGUCGCCGCCUUGUCAAGGCCUCCGACCCAUCUACCAAGCCGCACGUAGCCGCCUUCUCGAACCUCGACCUCUACCCUGGCAACGAGCAGGCCUCGAUAGUAUGCCUCUACCCCAAGCUCCCAAACGCCGGCGACUUCCCGGCGGUUGUAGCCACCUUCGACUCCAUCCUCCCGUCGUUGCUCAACGACUUCUACCAUUUCGCCGGGCGCAUCCGCACCAACCCAAGCUCCGGCCUCCCCGAGCUGCUCUGCGACAACCAAGGCGCAGAGCUGGUGGUCGGCGAGGCCGGUGUCGCCAUGGCCAGCCUGGACUACGGCCUGGCGGAGCAGUCGUUGAAGAAGAUAAUGCUUCCGUACGCCGAGGACGUCACGCUCUCGGUUCAGCUGCUCUCCUUCACCUGUGGCGGCUUCUCCGUCGUGUGGGCGACCAACAACCUUGUGUGUGACGGCCAAGCCUUCACCAUGUUCGUCAGGAGGUGGUCCGAGCUCGCCCGAACUGGGCGCAUCGUCGACGGACCGCCCAACCAUGACCGCUCGGUGUUCAGCCCUCGCAGGCCGCCGUCGUACGGAGCCUCGAUCAGGGACAUGUUCGCGACGUACGACCAUGACCGGCUGGUGAACGUGCUGACGGCGCACGACAGCUUCGUCGAGCGCCUCUACUACAUCGAGGCGAGCGACAUCGCCGCCCUGCGGGAGGCGGCAAGCAGCAAGCUCCAGCGCCCGUCGCGCGUCCAGGCGGUGUCCGCGUACCUGUGGAAGGCCCUCGCCCGCGUGGUGGCCGCGUCCCGCGUGCCGGAGGAGCGCUGCUGCAUGGGGUGGAUGGUGGACGCGCGGCGGCGGGUGAAGGCGCCGGAGCUCGUCCGGGCGAUGGGCAACUACUUCGGCAACGUUACGGCCUACGCUCUCGGGGAGGCAGCCGUUGAGGAGAUACAGGAGAAGGAGCUGUCGGAGGUGGCGGCCAUGGUGCGGGAGACCAUCACGUCUAUCGACUACGAUGAGUACACCCAGGAGCUGGUGGACUGGGUGGAGGAGCACAAGACAGAGAGGCUGAUGGAGAAGGGCGUCAUCGGGCUCGGUACGCCCACCUUGAACCAGACGGUGUUCGCGUCGUUCCCGCUCGACACCGACUUCGGCUUCGGCCAUGCCGUGCUGGCAAUGCCCAUGUGCGACUACGGGAGGCUCAGCUCGGGGUACCUGUCGAUCGGAGCUCGGCCGGGAGGCGACGGCUCCUGGCUGGUCAACGCCUACAUAUGGCCUCGCCUCGCGGCGGCGCUUGAGUCGGACCAGCAGCGCAUCUUCAAGCCUCUCACGGCGGAGUAUCUAGGGCUCGUCUAGGCGUACCACUCUGCUGUCUGCCCGGUUUCUUCUUCAAUAAGUCUUUGCUUCGUCUUUUGAGGCAUGAAAGCAGCUCGUGCUUGUUUUACUUCCACCUAUUUUGCAAUACCCCAAAUAAAGCCCUUCUGUGUGGAGGGUAGUUUGUUUGAUCAAUAAAUGUUUGAGUCGUUCAUAAGGUUU